UCACGUGCACACUCCAGUAUUUGCAUUGCGAAAGUAACAGAGCUCCACACAGCAACUUUCCUCCGCGGUCAGAGUGCAGGUGUCCUCGUUACUGCCAGUUGAUAUCAUGUCAUGGAAUGAUAACUCUGUACUGUCCGCCCAUUUGUGAAAGCUGAUCAGCGCGACUGUUGGACCGUCAGCAUGAAACGAUCGUCAUCAACGGAGGUCCUCAUUGCCAAGUCACCGGAGGACGGGAAUGUGUCUGUACGGUAUGGAACCACGGACAACGGCAGUGCAACACUGGACCCCGAGGCAGGCUUCAGACUGAGCGGUUCCCAGAACAUCCAGUCCUCUGUCAUCUCCAUCCAUAACUGUUUCUACUCUGUAGCAGUGAAGACGAAAGCAUGCUGCGGCAGAACACAAACGAAGACUAUUUUAAAAGAUUUAAAUGGCAUCUUCAAGCCAGGCAUGAAUGCUAUCCUUGGACCAACUGGAAGUGGGAAGUCAUCACUGCUGGAUGUGCUGGCCGGCAGGAAAGACCCGGUUGGCCUGAGAGGUAACUUGCUGUUGGAUGGUGCCCCGCCCCCUGACAACUUUAAAUGCAUGGUGGGAUAUGUUGUACAGCUCUGCUUCUAUGAUGGCUUAUGA